AUGCCUGAAGUUCAGAAAUGGACUCCUAGUCCGCUUGGAAGAGGCUCAACAGAUAUUCUUUGGUCUUGUUUGUCGACGCUGGGCCUAUGUGUUUGGACGGCUGUUCAUCCGAAUGUUCCUCUUGUGUACCGAUUACGACGCGCCGUCUGUCAUCGCCUCGGACUGAUGGCUCUCGCCAUUAUUUUUCCUGAGAUUAUCAUGUCCGAGGCUUUGAACCAGCGUCUACUUGCGCGUCGAUUAAUGAUGGACGUGAAUCAAGCCAUUCGCUACGCCGUAAUUCUUUCACCUCCAAUGACCCCUGAAUCAGAUCAAUGGAGCAGUCACUCGAAUGGAUACUCGAGUAGUAUCCACCCUCUACUUAGCGCAGCCAACGGCUCCGACAAAGGCUCAUGGGUUAUAAAACAGGCCAUGUUCGCAGUAAUGGGUGGAUUCGCCAUGACAACGACAUACACGGAUCGCCAUGGGCACGAAAAGACAAUCCGUCGUCUCGUCGCCUCUGAAGGAAUCACGAUCCUUGCCAAAACCGGUUAUUUGCCGUCAAUUCAAGCAACGGACGUCGAGGAACGCAGCAAAGCAGACCUUUUCGCUAAAAUGCUGGUUCUAAUUCAAAUCCUGUGGUUCGCGCUACAGGUCGUGGCGCGCCUUAUUCAGGGAAUUACUGUCACGCCUCUGGAAACACACACCGCUAUCCACGUCGGUUGCACGAUCUUGCUUUAUGCUAUCUGGUUUAAUAAACCGUACAAUUUGACCCAGUCUAUUGAAUUGGCGGGGACGGAUAUUGAGUACAUUGGUGCUCUUUUUAACUUUUACUGUAUUAGUCACGCUCUCUAUCUCAAGCAUUGUGAGCAUUAUCGCGUUCAAAGAAUGGAAUACUGGAAGGAACGCGUUAUUCUCGUUUCUAGAGGCGAGAAUGGAUAUGCGCCGCCGCCUUGUGUUCCGAAAUUAAAGUCUCUACCCGUCUUACUGGAAGAAUAUAAUGCUGACGAUAUCGAACAUCUUAAAUUCGACGAAUCCUCCGACGAAGAUGUCUAUAUCCUGCAUGGCAUUGCUCCAAAUGCUCGCCAUGGUCUGCGAAUUCUGGAAUGCAGAGGAUGCGACAUCUUCCGAUCCGUUCAUGAGAAUAGCCAGCCCCUCGACGUGCUCCGCGAAAGCGCAGGCAAUUUCAAUUUUCGCAGUAUCUGGGGCAGCUGGAGCACGGAUGUCGGUCAUGAACCAUCCAUCGACAAAGUUCUGCAUGUUUUGUUCAACGUCAUGUACGGCGGACUUCAUCUAGCAGCAUGGAACUACGAGUUUCCAACGCCCAUCGAGCGCUGGUUGUGGCGGACUUCUGCGCUCUGCCUCGUCACCUCCCCGAUUUGGGGCGCGCUCUGGGUACUAUGGUGGAUGGGGGUCCGAUCAAAUCGGAAAAUACUCUUUGUCUUUCGAGAUGGGGAUUUUGAUAUUUUUGCUGCGCCUUUGUUCUUCACUGUUAUUAUUGUGUAUACAGUGGCUCGGGCUUACUUCUUGGUGAUAUCGUUGGCUGGUCUGCGACUUCUGCCUAAGGACGCGUAUGAUAGUAUUAGCUGGACUUCUGUGUUCCCUCAUUUCUCAUAG